AUGUUUUCUCUUCUAGUUAAUAUUUCUGCUAAUGCUAUAUGGGCACAGAACGGUGUCGCUGUUGCUGGAGGUAGCGGGGGAGGGGACGCGACUAAUCAACUAAACUCACCUCGUGGCCUCUUCGUUGGUGAUGAUCAAACAGUGGUUAUUGCUGACUUUGGGAAUAAUCGUAUCAUGCAAUUGAAGAACGGUGAUACAACGAAUGGACUAAUUGUUGCUGGUGGCAAUGGCCAAGGAAGUGGAUUAAAUCAAUUGAAUAGUCCAACUGAUGUGUUAAUUGACAAAGAGACGGAUAGUCUCAUUAUUUGCGAUGGGGGGAAUCAACGAGUUGUACGAUGGUCUCGCCGUAGUGGCACAACAAAAGGUGAAAUACUCAUCAGCAACAUCGAUUGUCAUGCAUUAGCAAUGGAUGAACAAAGAUAUCUCUACGUCUCUGACUGGAAAAAUGAUGAAGUAAGACGAUAUCAAGGGUGUGAUAAGAUUGGCAUUCUCGUGGCUGGUGGUAAUGGAAGAGGUACUGGACUCAAUCAACUCAACUUUCCGGCAUAUCUCUUUAUCGAUCGACAACAGAGUGUCUACGUAUCAGAGUGGCAAAAUCAUCGUGUAAUGAAAUGGAAUAAAGGUGCAAAAGAAGGUAUUGUAAUCGCUGGAGGACAAGGCGCAGGGAGUUCUCUGACACAAUUAAAUGGGCCUCUCGGAAUCAUCGUUGAUACGUUGGGUGCACUCUACGUAGCAGACGACUGGAAUAAUCGUGUAAUGCGUUGGACUCAAGGAGCAACACAAGGCACUGUAAUUGCGGGUGGAAAUGGUCAAGGAGCAGGAGCAAAUCAGUUCUACCUGGUCGUUGGUUUGUCUUUCGACCGAUAUAGUAAUCUCUAUGUGGCCGAUUACAAUAAUCACCGUGUUCAACGAUUUUCUAUCGAAUAA